AUGGCAACACCAUGUGGCUCCGCGUCGCUUCAGCCUGACCUAACCGCUAGUGCCUUGCCUAACGAAGUGCCGCACGAAAAUGAGUGGUACAGACAAGACUUUGAGGGAUAUCAGAUAUCCGAAACCACUCUAUAUACAAGACGCCCAGUGAAACUCGUCUGCGUCGGCGCUGGUACUUCGGGCCUCCAGAUUGCAAACAAAGCCGAAGUCAUCUUCAAGGAUGUCGAGGUGGUCAUCUACGAAAAGAACGACGACUCGGGAGGGACAUGA